UCGCCGUCGUCGCUGUCAAAACUGACAACAAAGUGCAUUCUGACGCAAAGUGAACUUUCGUGUCCCGGCGCAGACCCAAAAAAGUCUGGUCUGAAAAAAUUUAUUUCGCCGAUUUGGUCAACCAGAAAGCUUGGGAACGUGAAGCUUGUACGUCUGUGCUUCAUUUAACUUGCCAACCAAAUGGAGCCACUGCUGGACGAUUUGCGGAAUGUCGGGUACGAGGGUCCGUUUCUGGAGACCAACUACGCCUCGACGGCAAUCGGGGGUGGUGCCCAGAGUGGCGAGUUCCAGGAUGUGGUCAUUUAUCUGACCGAUGAGAUCCGGGUGCUGGGGAAGUUGGACGAGAAGAUUUCGAGGAGUGAGGAUGCGAGCACUUUUGUGCUGGAGUUGUCCGGGUUUUUGAAGGAGUUGACUUGUCCGUACGCGGGGUUGACUUCGGGGCACGUUUCGGAUAGGUUGCAGACGUACGAUUCGAAGGUGAUUCUGCUGGACUAUCUGGUUAACGAGUUGAUGGCGAUGAAGAUGAUUGAGGCGUUGAAACCGAAGGAGAAAUCGAACGUGAUUACGUUGUUCGAGUCUCCGACGGCGGCCGCGUUGAAGGACAUUUCGAUUACGCUGGGGCUGGGCAAACCUCCGAAUAAUAUCCCGGCCAAGGUGCUGUUUGAGAAGAUUAACGUCAAACUGGACGAAACGAUCCGGACGGCGGGCGAGAAGCGACUCAGCACUCCGCUGUUUGCUCCCGGCAAGAAUCUCUCCAACGAGCAGUGGAACCGGCUGGACAAGCUGCAGAAAGAUCUGGACACGGAGUACGAUCUGCGGCGCAAGAUGCUGCUCACCCGGCUGGACGUCACCAUCCAGAGCUUCAAAUGGUCCACCCGGGUCAAGGGCAAGGAGGGUCAAAUGUCCGAGCGGUACGCCGAGAAGCGAAAGCUGCUGGAUUCCCUGCAAACGGGGGGUCGCGAUACGGAUCUGCCGGCGCUGCUUGGCGCGCGCGAAACUUUGGCCAUCAUCGAGAAGACGAGCAGCGCGUCGGUGCGUCGCAACACCAAGAGCAAGAUCCAGCGGCACAUUAUCGGGCGCGUUCCCGAUCGCGGAGGACGUGCGUACGAGCACAACCCGCCGCCGCUGGAGAUGCCCUCGUGGCAGACGCAACGUGCCACUGGAGGGGGAGGCGGAGGCGGCGGACGAGGUGGAUUUGGCGGUGGAAGGGGCGGUGGUCACCGUGGAGGCGGAUCUGUCGGAUAUCAAGGAGGUCAUCAACAGCAGGGCGGUUAUCAACCUCAGCAAAGCUACCAAGGAGGAAAUCAAGGCAACCAGGGCGGUGGCGGCGGCGGUUAUCGUGGAGGUCACGGCGGCGGAAGCCGCGUCCAGGGAGGUUGGUCGCAACCGCAGAAAGACUACAACCAGAGCUACAGCAGCAACAGUAGCAGCAGCGGGUACAGUACCGGUUCCGGCCGGGGUGGCGGCGGCAGCUACUCGAGCAGUGAUCAGUACAGCAAUAGUUCGGGCGGGUCGAGUCAUCGUGGAGGUGGUUACGGCGGUGGCGGAGAUUAUCACAACCAGCAAUUCAACCGGAACAAUAGCUACGACGGUGGGAAUCGAGGCGGUAAUCGGGAUCAAGAUAACGAUUACAAUCGUGGCGGAAGUGGUGGUGGUGGUGGCCGGUCCAACUACAACCGAGGAGGGCGUCGCUAAAGGGCGAUUCCAUGACCUAUCCAGGUAUGUUUGUGUGUGCGUGCGUUGCAUUUGAGAUUGUUCCUUAAAAAAUGAGAUCUGCUAAUACUUUGAAACGUGUCUCGAUAAAGUGUGCGGCAAAUUUAAAACACAUUCGCAUGAUGUGGUUCAACAGUAGAAAGGUGUGCCUAGUUGUGUGCGCUCCUUUUUAUUUAAGUUC